GUUUCAAACAGUUUGUGUUGUGCUUUGGCGGGAGCACAGUAUUUGAAAAUAAUUUGUAGAUUUAGUGGCACUCUAUAAAUAAAACGAGAACGAGUUUGAUCGAACUUUCAUUUACGAUAUGAUGACUAAACCUUGCGGCUAAUGUGUUACUUGCUAUAAUUUAUUGCGGCUACAGUCAUUAUCAAGUGUAGUGUAGUUUGUUAUUCGAAAAUUGUAACUAGCAAUGUAUCAGUUUGUGUUUACAACUGGUUUAAAUGGGGACUCGGAAUUUCAUAAGGAUUUGAGCGCAACGAACAAUCUUUGCAAACUAGUGCAAGUAACUGUAAAUGCGUCUUCAGCGGCUAAUUGUGGAAGACGAUGGUGAAAAAUUGCUACGUCUUUUUUAUUUUAGUGGUGCUUGCGGUAACGGUGUAUAUUGCAGAGACGCGACCUCAAUUUAAAGAGUCGCUUGAAGCCAUCUCCAAAGUGACUGAAGGGAUUAAUGAUAGCGCUAUCACUUUUAUUAAACAACUAACCGGCGAGGCGUUAAAAGAUGACAAGAAUAAAACUAAAACCAGGAUUUUGUUCCGAGGGGAUUUGCUGGGCGGGGAGUUCGGCGACCAGGACAUAAUAUUUCCCGACACGUACCAAGUGAUUUUCAAUGAUGUUCCGAAAAUCGACGGUCCUCCCAAGUGUGCCGAAGGCAACACUUUUUGUGAGGACUUUGAUUCUUAUCCUUACAACCACGUGAAAAACGUGCUUAAGCGCAAGCGGGUGCAUACUGAUUUAUUCGGCAAGGACGAACUCCUCGAUGAGCGCUACAGCAUCACCAACAGAAACGGCGACUUCGAGGCGUUCAUCUGCACCAGCAUAUCCAAAACGAUUUUCCCCCGAGUUGGCAUCAACAAAAACAACAAGUGGAAGGUCAUAAUCAAUCAAGAGGAAGACGGAUACAUUCAAGGGAUUAGGACGGAAAUUUGCCGAAAGGAAGGGGCCGCUUGUGACCUCAUCGGCGACAGGGCGAACGGCUACAUAACCAGCUGCAAGCAAAAAUACAUGUUGCGGAGGAUGAUGUCUUUAUCUGAAAAUGGGGAUCCCGUCCCGGACACAUUCCAGUUACCGUCAGCCUGCUGCUGCUCUUACAGGAAGGAUCUAAGUUUUUUGUCCCGGUUUGGCGCCGACGAUGUUUCCUUAAGGUCGAAAGGGAAAGGAAAAUAAAAUAAAGAAUGUGAUAUAAGUUAUGUGAUUGAACUUUUUAUUGUAAAAACGGCAGCGGGAUUAUUUAUUGAAUAAAAUAAUACAGAAGCAAAA